GAGAGAGUGAGAGAAGAACGGUCGCACUUGCCCUUUCUCUCCUCUUAUUUUCCCUCCCUCUUUCCCCACUUCCCCUCAUUUCCUUCUCUAGGGUUCGCCUUUCUUUUUUUGUUUUUUUUUCUCGCCCUCCAAACAGAGCUUAGAAGAAAUGAGUAACAACAAAAAGGAAAACUUCGACAUGUCCGAUCUCGGCUCCUCCCUCCCUGCCGCCGCCGCCGCUCUGAGUGCGGAGGAUCGUGCUGGUCUUGUUAAUGCGCUCAAGGAUAAGCUUCAGAGUUUGGCCGCUGGGCAUUCAGAUAUCUUAGAAACUCUGUCACCCAAAGUAAGGAAGCGCGUUGAGGUUCUGAGAGAGAUUCAGAACCAACAUGAUGAGCUGGAGGCAAAGUUUUUUGAGGAGAGAGCGGCAUUGGAAGCUAAAUACCAGAAACUUUAUGAACCGCUUUACACAAAGAGAUACGAGAUUGUGAAUGGUGUAGUGGAAGUUGAAGGAGUUGCAAAUGAAGCUCCUGCGGAUAAAGAAGAGGACAAAGCUGCAGAAGAGAAAGGAGUGCCUGACUUCUGGCUUACAGCUAUGAAGACUAAUGAAGUACUAGCUGAGGAGAUCUCGGAGCGUGAUGAAGGAGCUCUCAAGUACCUCAAAGAUAUAAAGUGGUGCAGAAUUGACAAUCCAAAGGGUUUUAAGCUGGAUUUCUUCUUUGAUCCAAACCCUUAUUUCACAAAUUCUGUCCUUACAAAAACAUAUCACAUGAUUGAUGACGAUGAGCCUAUAUUAGAGAAAGCGAUUGGGACGGAGAUUGAAUGGCAUCCAGGGAAAAGCUUGACGCAGAAGAUCCUGAAGAAGAAGCCAAGAAAGGGAUCUAAGAAUGCCAAACCCAUCACAAAAACUGAGAGUUGUGAAAGCUUCUUUAACUUCUUUAACCCUCCACAGGUCCCUGAGGAUGAUGAGGAUCUUGAUGAAGAUACUGCUGAAGAACUUCAAAAUCAAAUGGAGCAGGACUAUGACAUUGGAUCAACAAUUCGGGAUAAAAUCAUCCCUCAUGCGGUUUCAUGGUUUACGGGGGAGGCUGUACAGGGGGAUGAGUUUGGGGAUAUAGGAGAUGAUGAUGAAGAUGAUGACGAGAAUGAAGAUGAUGAAGGUGAUGAGGAUGAGGAUGAGGAGGAUGAGGAGGAUGAGGAUGAGGAGGAAAAGGAAGAGGAAGGCAAGAGCAGGAAGAAGUCUUCUACUCGACCCAAGAAAAGUGGAAGAGCACUAGCUGGGGAAGGUCAGCAAGGUGAGCGCCCUCCGGAGUGUAAGCAGCAGUAGUGUUACUUCUUUUUCACUUCCUUUUUUCUUCUCCCUUUUGAGGAGCUUUUGUGGGGUCUUAUUACUCAAAUAGUAUCUGUAAAAUGCACUAUACUUUCAAUUGAUGUUGGCAUUAUUGAUUACGCUCUAUUUGUAUGAUA